UUACCAAGAGCAUAUAUAAACACUUGCAUCAAGCAUGAGAUGAUCAAUGUUAAAAUCGCUCACCAUGGUAACAUUAGCUAUUUUGUUACUACAUUUGACCUUAUUGAGCACACGUACGUUUUGUGCAGAGCUUCCAUCUUACAUUCAACUUUGCAAGAAGUCAGACCCUGACGUAUCAAAAUGUAUGGUGAAUAGUUUCGACGCACUUCUCCCGUAUAUGAUAAAGGGAAUACCGGAAUUAAAUUAUCCACCAAUAGAUCCAUUGCAUUGUAGAAAUCUGUCACUUACACUUGGCCAGGCAUCUGUGCAAAUACAUGCGGAUUUGGCAAAUGGCGUCCUAACUGGUCUCGGCAAAGCGAGAGCUGAAUAUUCCCGUUUAAACUUUAGUACGGCGACGUUUAUAACAAAAGUUGUUAUUCCAGAAGUUAAACUUAAGGGACUGUAUCGUUUUAAAGGAAAGAUAUUGCUUUUUGAAAUUGACGGCGGUGGAGCAGGCGAAUUUAAUGCGACUGAUCUGAGUGUUGUCUUUACGCAGUUCGGCGAAUAUUACAACAAGAAUGGCGCCAGAUACAUUAGAUUUAAAAAAACGCAUUUCACAACGGAAAUGGGACAUAUGUCGCUGUAUUUGGCAGAUUUAUUUAAGAACAACGAACUACUCACACAAUCGGUAAACCAAGCAAUUAAUGACAACAUUGAAUCGCUUAAAAACGAAUUAGAGCAAAUUAUAGGGAAAAAUGUGGAAGAUAUAAUUCUAAGUGAUUAUAUUAAGAUAUACGAUAUGUUUCCUGUUGAUGUACUAUUUCCUGAUUGAUUUUGAGAGUAUUGUAAAUUGAUUAUUUGUAAGAUCAUUAUCAUUUCGAUAGACUGGCACUAUUUUA